AGUGUUAAUCGUCUAGGGUUUCAAAAGUUUCAGCCAUGAUUGGAUUAUGGCCAUAGGAAUGGGAAUGGUAACUAGUUCCAACGCAAGCAACAAGGAUUCUGGUGCCUGGAGAAGAUUUGCAGCCAAUGCACUCAUACAGUCCCUUCUGGCUGGGUGAUGUUCCAACACAUAUACCAGUACGACUUUCUUUUUCUAGGUUAGCAAUGAUGUAACACCUAUAAGUGAGGGUGUGGUGUUGGAUUUAAGAUAUAAUUAUUCUUCUUGGGCUUGAUGACUCUAGGAACUGCAUUAUUGCUGGCCAUUCGGAUCAUGAAAUGAUCUGGUUUCUCAAGAAAAAAGUGCUUAUUAAUGCUAUCAUCAUGGUAAUAGCUAAAUGUGGUUUAGGAAUGAUUUUUCUUACUUUAACUAUUCAUUUUAAGAUGCAUGUGUUUUUCCUUAUCGAUAGAAAGCAAUUAAUAUCCAUAAGAAAAAAUUUUGAUUGGAUAUUUAGUUUGAUUCUGUUGAAUAUUAAACAGAAGGUUAUCAUUCCUGAAAUUCUGUGUGAUAGUUGUUCACAGACAGUGAGUAUUUGAGUAGUUGCUGUAUUUCUCUAUGUACCAAUAUUGUCGAGGCAUCCGCCUCUCGAGUUCAACUUCAACAAGCGGGAGAAUCCACUGGGAUCCAACUGUUGCCCUCGAACUCAAUCACCCAACUCUUAUAUUGCUCGAAAAAUGCAGGACAAGGUACCAUUUCAAACAGAUUUUGGGGCAGAUGAUGAGGACCUGUCUAAUUGGUCAGACAUUUCCCAUGAGCAGGCUUCUCACAUUCUCAGCCAUCUCACAUCCUGAUAAUUUAGACAUGGCUAUCCUUCUUUUCAAUCACUAUACUCCUAAUCCCAAUCUUUACAUUUAUAAUUCUAUGAUUUAUGCUUUAUCUUUCUCUAAAAGCCAACCAUUUGCCCUAUACAAUUCCAUGCUCCACUCUGGUAUAUGCCCAGAUAAACACACCCUUCUUUACUUACUCCAAGCGUCCACAUGCAUAUCAGAGGCAAAGCAGCUCCACAGCCAUGCCGUUGUUACAGGUUUGUUGUCACAUGGAUACCUGCAGAACACCCUCACCAAGAUAUAUCUGGAAAAAGGACAAAUGGGGCUUGCUUGCCAGGUUUUCCGUGAUGUGCCAACACCAGAUCCAGUCUUAUUCAAUAUCAUGAUUGUUGGUUAUGCCAAGAUGGGAUAUUGUUCAGAAGCUCUUCAACUGUUCUAUGAAAUGGUGGGUUUGGGUCUUAAACCUGACGAGUUUACCAUUUUAGGACUUCUUAUAUCUUGUGGACUAUUAGGAGAUUCCCGACUGGGAAUGUCUGUUCAUGCAUGGAUUGAGAGGAGGAAAGCCAUCACUUCUUCAAAUUUGAUCUUGGGUAAUGCUCUUUUAGACAUGUAUGUGAAAUGGAAUAAAUUGGAGCUUGCUCGAAGUAUAUUUAAUGCUUUAGUGGAUAAGGAUAUCGUGUCAUGGAACACCAUGACUGCAGGAUAUGCCAAGGUUGGCAAAUUAGAACUUGCCCUCACUUAUUUCAAGCAAAUGCCUAGAAGAGAUCUUGUUUCUUGGAAUUCAUUAAUUGCUGGUUAUGCCAAGAAGGGUGAUUACACGAUGGCAGUGAAGGUAUUCAACAACAUGAUUAGGGUGAAUGUGAGGCCUGACAAUAUCACUCUGGUUAAUUUGGUCUCUGCUGCAGCGGAAAUUGGAGCACUAGACCAAGGAAAACAGAUUCAUGGCUUGAUUGUGAGGAUGAAGUUGAAAAUAGAUGUAUUUUUGGGUUCAGCAUUAAUAGACAUGUACUGCAAGGCUGGAAGUAUUGAAAGAGCCUUCAUGGUCUUCGGGGGACUGACAGAAAAAGAUGUUACCAUAUGGACGACAAUGAUCACUGGAUUUGGAUUCCAUGGUUACGGAAACAAAUCUCUGGAUCUGUUUUCUGAGAUGCAAAGAGUUUUAUUGCCAAAUGGGGUGACUCUUGUUGCCGUUCUUACAGCUUGUAGUCAUAGUGGACUUGUGGAUGAAGGGCUAAAUAUAUUCAACAAUAUGAAGAAUAAUUUUGAUAUCGAACCAGGAGUUGAGCACUAUGGGUGUCUGGUGGAUCUUUUAUGUCGAUCAGGGAGAUUGGUAGAGGCAAAAGAUGUGAUUGAAAAGAUGCCAAUGAAGCCAAGUCGAAACAUCUGGGGAGCAAUGCUGAGUGCUUGUAGAGCUCAUGGAGACAUGGAACAAGCUGAAAUAGCUUCAGCAGAGCUACUCAAGUUAGAGCCUGAGAAAGAGGGAGGAUACAUUUUGAUGUCUAAUAUGUAUGCUGCUUGUGGGAGGUGGAGCUACUCAGAUAAGAUUAGAGAAAUAAUGGAAAUCAGGGGAGUGAAGAAGACCGCAGGUUGCAGUAGCGUAAUUGUUGAUGGAGUUAUCCAUGACUUUGUUGUUGCAGAUAAACGGCAUCCAAGAUGGGUUGACAUCUUUCUUGUUUUGCACUGUCUGAAAAGUGAAAUGAAGUUGGACGCUGAUCUCUUGACAAUGUGCUGGAACCAUGUUGAUUUUAGACUUUGAGGAGCCUUAUUUUUUAUGUUGAUGUAGAGAUUGCAUUGCAUAUUUCUAGUUAUGUAAAUAUCACUCUUU